GCCAUUCUAAAUUGUUCGUCAGUAGCGGCUGAUUUACGAUUUUAGUGCGUUUGCGCCAAUUGGACUAUUUAUUUUAAUUUCGCAAAAUUGUCGCUGUAACAAACGGCGAAUUAUAAGUGUAAGCUGAAAGAAAGUAACGAAAAUGUCCACAAGACGACAAGUGAUUGCGAUUUAUCGCCAACUUUUGCGGGAAGCAGAAAAAAUUCCAGCCUACAACUUCAGAAUGUUUGCUGGACGCAAAAUACGGGAUACAUUCAGGGAGAAUAAAAGCAUAAGCGAUUUCGCGGUCAUCGAUCAUAAGCUAGUGGAAGCAAAACAGAAUUUGGAGCUUAUACGGCGACAGGUAAUCAUUGGCCACUUAUACUCCGCUGAAAAACUUGUAAUCGAACAGCCCAAAAAAGCAUUACGCCGCUCGAAAUAAAAUGAAAAGCCCGACAUAUUGUUGCACCUUGUUAUAUCUGCUACUAUGAUAAUUACUUUGUUUAUAUCGCACUGGCUGCAUUUAGGUUAGUAGGUUAAAAAUUUGAAACUUCUGAAAAACAAAACAUGAAAUAAAAACACAUUUAAACGUUAA